ACUUCCGUUAGAGUGUCUACUUCCGUGCAAGGAGGGUUUCUGUGGGUUUCCGUUUGUCGACUGAUGUUCUCGGACUAAGCGGUUGCUGCAGCGAAGCAACGUAGCCACAGAACACCUACCAAUUUUAAACCGCGGCCAGGCUCCAUCCGCCCGUACACCCAAGCGUCGAAAGCAUGCCUUCGAAGGCGCCCAAGCUGAUGGCCACGCUCGGCAUCGUGGGACUGGUGCACGCAGCCAUAUCGGCGGCCCAACACCGGUCCUACCUGCGGCUCACCGAGCAGGACUUCACGGUGUUGCCGCUGGACAUCAUCUUCCAGAGCGUGCUGUGCCUGCUGAUCACCAUGUACGGUACCAUGUGCAUCGCGGGCGACUUCAAGGAAGUCCGCGCCACGGUCGAACUGGAGAGCAAGACCUUCGAGACGUUCGGAAACCGGCCGUCCUUCUACACGUUCUGCCACCGCGGCCGAGCGCUGGCUAGAAGUUAGAAGCUUGGACACUUGGAACAUGCCGCGAUGGUGAACGACUGCAACAUCUAUCGCGACCGCUGUUUGUACUGGUACGUGGUGGCUGCCUGCCUUCGAUGACGCUGGCGUCGAAAUCUUCACCGCGAGUGUACCGUAUCGAACCCAGAAGCAAAGCUCUGUGCUUUCUCGGAUAGAGAAACCUCUGCCGUCGUCAAUGCUACGACAGAGAGGGCUUUUUUUGAAAUGUGUAUAAGCGGGGUUUAGCACAGCACUGUGUAGAUGUGUUCUGCAGUAUAAGUGCACGCUUUGGGUUGGGGCUCGUUUUGUCGGUUAUAUGUGGUGUCACCUUGGCAGAGUUUUUCAGAUUGUAUAUUAAAGCACUUCACUAUCAUG